UUGUGCAGUUGUCAUAGUAACCAAGUUUAAAACCAUGGGUGGACAGACACCGCCCAAGAAGCCUUCCGUCUCAAAAUCACGGCAAAAAGCGCUGAAAUGCACGGUCGAAUUGAAAAUUCAAGCUAUCACUUGUCCAGGAGUGGUGUUACAAUCGCAAGAUGACCUUUAUCUGAGUGUUCAAAUCAUGGGCCAGUACCACAAGUCCAAAUGUGUUCCUCCAGCAUUCCCUCUCCGGAUUGACGAAAAAAUGGUGUUUGUAAAGACCUUUGUGGGAGUGGUUGACCCAGGUGUUAUAGCUGAGCAUCUGGAGAAUGAGACAACCUCUUUAGAGCUCCUUCAGCUUGUUCCUCCAGAGGGUGAGAUCCUGGCCACAUUUGAAGGCAACACCCGGGAAUUUCUGUAUCCAGGCCCACGUCUUGCUCCCAGAAGCACUGGCCCGGGGAGAGAGAUUCUGAUGAAGAGAUCCGUCUCUUUCCCUGGAAUCUCUCCCAAAGUGGAGUUUUCAACGACGUCCAUUAUUGAGGAGUGUGAAGUGAAACAUGGUCAGCCUACCAUGUCUGUUUGUGGCCCUUCCGCUAAACCCUGCCGUGUGCGGACCAGCCCUGCAAUUCCAAAAAAGAGGAAGCCAAACACUGCGCCACACUGUAACUAUGCGAAACCAACAGUGGUGUCUCAGACCCGUUCAUUUUCACCCUACACCCACCGCAGGAUGUGUCAGCUGUCCGAGGAGACCAGACAACGACUCGGCCACUUUAAACUAGGGCCCUACAUCUUUAAGAAAGAGACGGUCCCUCAGGCUCCAUUCGUGGUGCCCCGAAGUCCAAACACGUCAAUGAUAGAAUCCCCCACACUUCCUGCAUCUCACCUUUCUGAUAAAAGAAGCCCCCUCCACCUCCGAUCACGUAGCUUUUCUGCAUACCCCACAGAUCCCUCUCUCCUUGGAAGUUUCAGAUCAAAGCACACUCAAGCAACCGUGCAGGUGGACAGUGAUACCCGGAAUAAAGGCCCCAAAGAUAAUUCCACCCCUGUGUACAGCAUGGUCAGAGAUCAAAGUCCAGUCCUGAACCGCUCCUCCCUCAGGGAACGGUUUCAAAGUCCUACGAGCCCUUCACGGUCGCAGGAGAUCCACAAACGAGUGCAGAGGGUCUUGAACAUCCACGGAGCUCUUCGCAAACUUUCUUUUGAUGACGUGAAUGCGGAGGAAGGGUUCAGACGCAGUGUACCUGGGCCCACUCACUGUGACUCAGAGAUUGACAGCCGGCUGCUACUGGACAGGCUUAUUCCUGGAGAGCCAUCUGUUCAUUUAUAUGAUGGAACAUUUUGGACAAACAGAGCAGCCGUGUACACAGGGAAGCCCCACAGAGCCGUGUUUGAAGAGAGUUUAAGCAGAAUCUACAAGAACCUCUACAGAAAUGCAUCACAACACAAUGGACAAAGAACCUAACUGCAGUCUAAA